CGCACUAUAGUAUCAUGUAGCAUGUCCAAGAUGGAGAGAAUUCAAAAUCCCGCCGAAAUAAACUCCCACGCUCCAUUUUUUUUGCAACUUAUGGACGUCGAGCAAGAGGGGGCGGUAGACGUGAUUCAGAAACGCUUCAAGUACAAGUCGUAUCAGGACGAGCUCAAAGAUGUCCACCUCCCUUCUGCACUCCAGAAUCAAUCCAAACUAGACCAAGAGCUCGAGGAUAACCAAUCCCAUUUCUACGAAGCUCUCGUCCACUGGCAGCAACUCAACCUUUCUCCAAGUUACAUUACAUUCUCAAGGAAAGCUGCCCCGAUUUCGGCUUCAUUACCUCUCUUGCUUCACAACUGGACGGAUGUGGUAGAUCUAUGGUUAGAGGCGUUGGGUUCUUCAGAUGAUGAGGGGCUAAAAGCUCUUUUAGAUCUAAUUCAAAAGAUCGUGCAGGAUUUACGCUCCACGAUUACACCAGCGUAUCCUUCGAUAUUGAAGGCUUUGCUACGACUUCCAGUUCGAACGAUAGCUUCGGAUGCCCUCGAGGUGUUACUCUCUACGCUGUCCUCUAUCUUCAAGUACAUCGUGACGCCAUCUACGAGCCCAGAUAUCUUCGAAUUGACAUGGUUAUCUCUUCGCGAAACUCUUCCCAAAUAUUUACCAGAGAUUCAACGGACCAUGGCAGAAGUUUGGGGUUCGGUUCUCAGGAAGGUGAAGGCGAGCUUGAGAGAGAAGGUCGUUCUGUUGAUAGUAGAGGAUUUGAGAGAUAUUGAGGAUGCUGCUGCGUGGUGUUUCGUGUCUGCUUGCAAGUCUGUAUCUCAAACGCUUCAUACGGUUACACCAUCGUUAAUGAGCCCACUGCUCACUUACUACCUCUCUUGCGGAGAAGACGUGGUUUCACUUUACACCCUUCUUCGCCGAGUGUUGACUGCUCUCACUCACCACGUAAAAGGAGCAGACCAAUUCACCGCGAUAACUGGCAUCGUCCUAAAAGAAUUUGCCAACGCCCCGUCCCACGACUCGGAACGUUUACGACGUGUAAUGGAAGUCGCCGCAGUCAUCGCGUCGGUCCGUAAUGGGUCUCGACUUACCAACCAAAACAUUACACAGCUAUACGGUGUAUUGCCGGUGUCCGUUCCAGCAGAGUCACAACCCUCUCUCCUGAAAUUAUCGUCAGCGCUGCUGACGGCAGGUGAUAUGAGUUCUUGGAUGUCAUCUGGUCGUGGUUAUUUGGCUCGACUGUGGGAGGACGAAGAGAUGGACAGCUUCACGCUCAAACUUCACGGAGUUUUGAGUGAACUUGGAUGGGGAGGAUGGAAGAUGAUUGCUCAACCUGUGUUGGUGAAGAAGACGAGUAGAAAGUUGGAGACAGAGACGGAGAUGGCAAUCAAGGGUAAAGAGACGAUUAUAUUGCUUGCUGCGCUUUGUCGCAGAGGGAAACUAGGUGAAGUCGAUCUGGUGUGGAGGAGGAAGGUUGAGGAGUGGUCAUAUAAGAGAUUGAAGGAGUUUGCUGGUCGAGCUGGGGAAUUGGGUGUCACUGAGGCAUCCGAGUUGGACGACAUUUUAGCUCUCUCUGCGUACUUCACACCGAAGAUAAUAGAUGUUCUGGUCGAAAUAAUUGACGCCUCUCUCCAGAUAGCAUUCGACACCGAUCAUUCAGAUGAUUUUCCCUCUCCAGCGUGGGUACUUGGCAGUUGCAUGAAAAGCCUUGCGGGUCAAGACGAAUCACAAUGGACUGAAAAAGUGGAUCUCUUGAGCUGGACUCGAAUAAUCAUACGAAACUGGGCAUGGUCUAAGGACGUCAUGACGGGGAUUGUCGAACUCUCGAAUGCCUGCAAUCAACAAGAACUCGAAGCAAUCGCCUUUGACGAGGUCUAUUCUUGCGUCAAAGACUCAAUUCUCUCCCACUCUCAGUCAUUACGCUCCAGUACCCUCAAGCUGAUUUCUUCGCGGCGUUUCAAGGUCCCUGAGAACACCCAGGAAGCCUUGAGUCGAUGUCUACAAGGAGAGAAAGUUUCAAUCGACGUUCAAGGAGUACGUGAACGUGUGUUGAGGAUAGGAAAGGUUGUGCCGAUGCUGAAGGACGGUGGUAACACUGGUGCAGACCUAUGCGCUCGGUGGUUCAUGGCGCAACUGAAAGUAAACCUGAGACCCUUGUGGCUUCCUGCCGCAAAGGCGCUGGAGUCACUUUCUCAGCGUUUCGGUGAUGUAGUAUGGGCUCUACUAUUUUCGGAAUUGAGGAAAGUCGCGGAAGAAAGCUCGCGUCCAAGCGUGGGAGGUUCGGAUUCGGACUCACAAGAAGAUAUCCGUUGCAAGUUAGAGGCUGAUCCUUGGGAAGAUGAAAGGUCGUGGAGAGACCCUAGUGCUCACAAGUUACGAUUAUCUGUCAUCCAAUGGCUCGAUAAUCGUUCCCAUCUCGUUCGUAUCUCCAAAGACCCAUCAAACUUCGAACGCUUCGACCAACGCUCAUACGAACUCCAGCUCCUCUCGGUUUUAGGCGAAUGCUCGGCCCUCGCAGAAAAACACAAUCGAGACCUAAUCCCUUUCUUCUUAUCCAUCAACGCUGAACAUAAGCUUCCACGACCGAAACUGAUUGCCUGGCUCACCGUUUUCGCCAAGUUUCACAAUCCGAAAGCCUUACAUUCUACCGACACCCUUCGUUCGCUAUACACUUCACUCCUAUCCAACCCUGAUCGUUCGGUCCAAUCUUCGGCACUGUCAUGCCUAUUGACGUACAAGCAACGCUCGCUUUUAUUAUACGAGCAGAAAUGCAGGGCUUUACUGGAUGAUACCCGCUGGAGAGAUGAGUUGACCAUGCUGGAUAUCGCCGGUAUAGAGGAACAUGAUCGGUCGGAAGUGGUGCAUGUGGUUAUUAGACUCUUGUUUGGCGUUAUGCUGGAGAGGAAAGGUCGGUCUCGAGGUGCAGAUCGUCGUUCAGCAGUUCUCACUGCACUUGGUGGAUGUUUCGAAGAGGAGCUAGGGUUACUGGUCGAGCUCAUGUUGAAGGGAAUCAGUCGGGGGAGCGCAGAGGGACAGUUCGAAGUAAAACCAUUAUCCCACGAAGUCUCGGAUAAACAGGUCAACGGUUAUCUAACCUUGCUCGGUGACGUGCUCAAGAAUCUCGGCCCGAAGCUUGUUGCAUAUUGGCCUCAGCUUAUUGGUACCACAAUCAAUAGCAUUGCUACUGCGCAAGCGAAAAUCGGUGCUGCAAUGGAGGUCGACACUGAGCAGGAGAAGGAGGAUGAUACAGAAGAAAGCGGUGAAAACGUCGAGGAAACCGUUUCUUCUCUCAAGUCUACCCGAACUAUCCGCCAACUCGGCCUGAAGCGUCUCGCAGAUUUCUUCCGUUGCCCUGUCUCGUUCGACUUUACACCUUACAUUGAAGCCUCAUUCCCCGUUUUUAUUUCCCCUCGGGUGUCCUCUCUCGACAAGGAAAAUACCCAAGCUCCAUCUACGCUGUUAGAGCUGUUCUUCGUGUGGGCCACAGAUAGGAAUACGGUCUUCUACCUCGUCAACUAUGAUGAUCGUGUUCUUCCAAAGGUUCUGGACUGCCUCAUCGCACCGAACGUGAAACCAACAGUCCUAUCACGGAUAUUGGAUAUCGUUGACCGGUUACUUGUCUAUUCUUCCGAAGAUGCUGCUGUCUUGGAGCAGAUUCUGAAGCCAUGCAUGCCCCUCCUCCUUACCAACUUAUCCAUUCAAAUCGAACGUUCGAAAGGUUCUUCGUUCCUUUCGACGCCCUUGGGUCAGCGACAGAUUGGAACGCUAGCAGAAAUUGCUCAGUACUCCUCCAGUGCCGCAGAAGCCUCCACACUUCUGAAGCUUUUCUCCCCCUGGCUCCGGAAACCGUCGAAGGUUGUUCAGGAGAAAGUUAAAACUGAUCUUCUCAAUAUCAUUGGGCACCUCAUGCGGUUAAUACCAGAUCUCAGCGAUAAAGAUUCGGAUACCAGCACCACACUGUAUCAGUUGUUAUCUUCCCUUUUCCAAUCACUCCGGACACGAGCUGCUCGACUUGGGCUUGUGACUACUUUCAACGAGCUUGCGAAAGUACAGGGUUCCCUGCAAGGUCUAGCAGAGGUAUUAGAGUCCUUGAACGCGUACUCCACGAAGCGGCUUGACGAACCCGACUUUGAACGCCGUUUAGAUGCCUUUAAUCAAAUCAGUGUUACUCUUCAUACGUCCUUUUCUCCUUCCGACUGGCUUCCGAUCAUUCACAAUAUGCUCUAUUUCGUUCAUGACCCCGCCGAGCUGGCUAUCCGAAACAAUGCGUCUUCUUGUAUGCGCCAGUUCAUCGAAUUAGUAGCAAAUCAAGUCGCACCAGAGUAUGAGACAGAGUUCUCCCGAGUACUCUUCCCGGGAUUGAAAAACGGUUUACGCUCGAAAAACGAAAUGGUCCGAGCCGAGAUCCUUGGAGUAAUAUCCCAUGCUGUCGCGAAAUGUGAGCACAUACCGUCACUACAGGAGAUGCGACGUCUACUUGCUGGAGGGGACGAGGAGGCAAAUUUCUUCAACAAUAUCGUUCACGUACAGAUCCAUAGGAGGUCGAGGGCAUUGAGGCGCCUCGCGGACCAAUGUGAUGAGAAUCCAAUGAAGAACGGGACUAUUUCUGAUAUUUUCCUUCCGCUCAUCGCCAAUUACAUCGCUCCCGCAUCUUCUUUGGAUCACCACCUUGUAACGGAUGCUAUCAAUACCACCGGGCGUUUGGCGAAACACCUGUCGUGGACCUCGUAUUACGCUCUCAUACAGAAGUACUUGCGACUAUCGAAGGCGAAGGAUGAGGCGGAAAGAGUGUACGUGCGGACUUUGGUGGCUGUUUUGGAGAACUUUCAUUUUGUGAUGGAGGAAGAAGUUGUAGAAGAGGCACAUGAGCCUCGUGGUGACGAAGACGAAGGAGAUUUCCCAGAUAAUCCUCCUUCGCCGAAAGGUCAAAGCAUGGCGAAGAUAGCAGAUGCGGUCAACGCCAAAUUGAUCCCCAGUCUUCUGCAAUACCUCGAAUCUAGAGAUGCGACUACAGAAGAUACAACACGGAUACCCAUCGCUGUUGGAGUGGUUAAGGUUGCUAAGCAUCUACCCCAAGCCUCGGCGACACUCCAAAUAACUCGGCUAUUGACUACGACCAGUCAAAUCAUGCGAAGUAAAUCCCAGGAUACUAGGGAUCUGACUCGAGAUACUCUUUGUCGUAUCGCUGUCGUCCUGGGCCCCUCUUACCUUCCUACCAUCUUCCGAGAGCUCCGAGGUGCCUUGUUGCGUGGGCCGCACCUCCAUAUCCUGGCCACCACCGUCCAUCACAUCCUGGUCCAUAUCACGACCGGCGAUAACGAAGCGCAAUUUGAUAUUCUCGAUGAUUGCGUAUCCGACGUCGCACAUGUCUCUGCCGAAGUGAUAUUCGGUGAUUCAGGGCAAGACGUAUUGACCGAGGGCUUCAAAACCAAGUUACGCGAAGUCAAGUCCUCCAGCUCUAAAGGUUUCGACUCUUUUGCUAUCAUGGCGAAACAUAUAACCCUGAGCAGCGUCAGCUCCCUUUUGUUACCCCUCCGUUCUAUCAUGCAGGAGACCGAAACGUCAAAAGUCAUGCAACGUGUAGACGAUGUCCUGAAGUACAUCACGAACGGCCUCAACUCCAAUACCCGUAUCCAGCCUGCUGAUCUACUUUCCCUCUGUCAUUCAUUGAUCACGCAGAACUCCCGCUUUUUGAAGACAGACGCUCCUCGCCGUCAGAAACAGGUAAAGAAUCACGUUAUCAUUCAAACUAAACGCCAGGAGGCGGUCGAGACAGACCAUUAUGCCAACAACUCUUUUCGGUUUAUUACUUUUGGGUUAGAUCUACUCCAAACAGCACUUCGCCGCAGUCGAUUUGAUUUCCACGAUUCGAAUAUCAUCUCCCGUCUUCAAUCUAUGGUGAUCGCCGCGGGAAACACGCUAUACUCCACGAACUCGUCUGUCUUGACCUCCAGCCUGAAGGCGGUAGCUGGAUUGAUCAAAUGCCCUCUGGACUCACUCGAACGCUCUCUUCCUAUCUUCAUUCGGCAAAUACUGGAGAUCAUCAAGCGUCUAGGGAAUACAGAGUCUGAUGUCGCUCAAAAUGCGCUUAAAACUCUCGCUGUUAUCUUACGAGAUGGCCCCGCAGUAAAUGUCAAAGAGAAGGACCUCGCCUUUCUACUGGAGCUGAUAGGUCCUGACCUAGAGGAACCUUCACGGCAGGCGUCGGUCUUCCAGAUGCUGAGGGCUAUUAUUGCUCGAAAAUUCGUUGUUCCAGAAAUAUACGACCUCAUGGACCGGGUUUCUGAGAUCAUGGUCACCAACCAGUCUCCCCAGGUGCAGGAGUUAUGCAGAAGUGUCCUGCUCCAGUUCCUCCUUGACUACCCGCAGGGUAAAGGCAGGCUGCGCAACCAUAUGACGUUCUUUGCAAAGAACCUCUCGUAUGUGUAUGAGAGUGGUCGGAAGUCAGUUUUGGAACUCCUUAGCGCGAUCGUUACGAAGUUCCAAGUCAACCUUAUACGGGAAUACGCGGACAUCCUGUUCGUUUCCUUAGUUAUGGUUAUUGCGAACGACGACUCUGCGAAAUGUCGUGAAAUGGCAGCUCACCUCAUCAAGUCAUUGGUCGAGAGAUUUGACGACGAACGAAAGCAAAUUAUGAUGUCUUACCUUCAUGUGUGGGCGACGAAGGAAUCACAGAUCCAGCUUGUUCGAGUGUCCUCACAGGUUUACGGUAUCGUCAUUGAUUCUCUAGGGAAAGAUGUCUCUGCACAUACCGCUACCAUUCUGGAAGAUGCAAAGCGGUCACUGACGCACAGUGCUGAACAGCUACUUACGCUGGAGUCGAACGAAGGGGAACCGAUGGAUGUUGAUCUGGAAUGGCAAACGCCUUAUUAUUCUCUCAUAGUCCUCGGGAAACUAGGAAGCCUAUUCCCCACUCUUAUCACGCCUUCUGAAAACGAAGGUGUAGAUUGGAAAGUCGUCAUCAACCUUCUGCUUUUCCCGCAUGCAUGGGUCCGCACAGCAGCUUGUCGCUUGCUCGGAUCUCUCUACGGUCUCUCACCAAUCACGCCACCUGGUAUAGACACGAUAUUCUCGCCACUUUCAUAUGAUGGCAUGAAAAUGACUGCUCGGAGUCUCUCGUUGCAGCUGAAAAGCGAACAUCUGGAUGAUGCACUUGGUCUGCAGGUAGUGAAGAAUCUAUUCUUCAUCGGCAAAUGUUUUGCCGCUAUUCCCCUGGAAGCCAACGAGGCUGCAGAGACUGAAGAGGAUGACGAGGAGUCUUCCGAUCAGCAAGCGAGUGGGAACCCGUUACCGUGGCUAUUCUCUACAUUAUCGUACCAAAUACGAUCUGCAAUCAUUGCGAGGAGGAACAAGGCAUCGAUGCCGAGUAACUGGGUCAAUCGACCCAUGUCAGUGUUACGCUGGUUUGCAGUGAUGACGUCGUAUCUUGAAAGCGACGUACUUGAACGAUUCCUCGUUCAUAUCCUCUCUCCGGUAUACCGUAUCACUGAAGACGACACGAUACAUGAUCCGAAGAUGUCCGAGCUCAAGGAUGUCUCUGUCGAAUUACGGGACCUUGUCCAAUCUAAAGUUGGUGCUACCAAGUUCUCGGGCGUCUAUAAUCAGAUAAGACAAGGAGUUCUGUCUGUCCAAAAGGAAAGGAAAGAAGCCAAAAUCCUUCAGCUAGCAAUCAACCCCCAAGCUGCAGCGAGUCGCAGAGUGCACCGGAACGCUUUGAAAAAGGACGGCCGCAAGAGAAAGAACCAGAUGUUCAGCGACGGGAAAGGAAAGCUCAAAAGGAGAAGAGAAGUUUGAAGAGUUUGUGAUAUGGUUAAAUCAUCUAUUUGCAGAGGAAUUCUUUGUUGACAUGUAUCGAUAGCUAUUCUGUAUAAUAGACGUUAGCAAGGAUCACAGCGCGUUGAAUUAACGCUACAGAACAAGAAGGUCAUGCAGCGAGUCACUGAAGGAAAGGCUUGGGUUCCGAUCGAUGUUCUUAACAUUUGAAACUGGCUAGGGGAAG